GUGCCCAACUGUCAAAGUGCUCAAUGCUCAAGUAAGUAAAGUAUUUCCCCACGCGCGUAAUAACCUCAAAUCGGUGAAUUUAAGUAUUUUUUUGAUAUUAUUGUUGGUGCACAUUGGAAUUUAUUGUAAAAUGUUGGCAACGGGUAUGAUGAAAAAAAGGGGAAACAAUGAUAAAGUACAGAAGUCUGGAAAAAUAGCAAAGAAACAGAAAGUGAAGGCUAAUAAAAAUGUUGUUUCGACAUCACCGCAAGGACCACAAAUAAAAGCAAUGAAGAAAGCCGUUAAGCCACCCAAGAUUCCUCCUCCUCAACCGCAAGCUGUAGUGAAAAAGACAGCUUCUAAAAAAGCUCAAGUGAAGGGGACUAAAGAUAAUGAAGUGAAAGAAAUAAAACUUGAGAAGCCAACUGAAAAUGGCCAAAGUACCACGAAGAAACGUUACACAAAACCUUCAAAAUUUAUAAAUGAUAAACUAGUUGAUUUAUGUUUGAGUGCAGUACUGAAAUUAGCUGAGGACAGUAAAAAGAGUAACAAAAUACUUGAAGAUGAAACAGCGAUCUUUGCAGAAAUCCACUGCAUGAAAAUUCAAAAUACUAAAGGAAACAUAAGUUUUGUGCUACCACACUCAACUGUUUCAUUGAAUGGAGAAGUGUGCUUAAUAACUCCUGACCUGAAGAAGGGAAAAAAGAUUGAUCAUGAGCCGACGGUGGACCACUGGGAGGAGCAGUUGAGGAAGGCUGGUGUCUCUAAUGUGAAAACUGUCCUGCCCAUGAGGCAACUGCGAGUAGAAUAUGACCAAUUUGAACUGAAACGAAGACUGCUGACCCAGCACGACUUCAUCAUGGUGGACUCCAGAGUGCUCAACCACGUGUCACACAUCCUAGGAAAGAUGUUCUUCAAAAAACACAACAUGCUCAUCCCUGUUAGAGUGAAAGAGAAUGAGAAACUGAAGAACUCUAUAGAUGUUGGUCUCCGCACUGCCAUGCUUAGGUUGAAUGUGGGAGAGACGUCAACUAUUCUUGUUGGUCACACAGGCAUGUCGAAAAAAGAUAUCCAAGAGAAUGUCCUGGCUUUAGUGAAACAGCUGAAGGAAAAGUUUCCAGGUGGAGAGGCCAACAUUAGGUCUAUUGCACUGAAACUACCUUUGUCUCUGUCUGUGCCCCUGUAUGUCACUCUGAGAUCAGCCAACACCAUAUUCCCACCAAAACUAGUAAGAAAGGUACCUAAAAACUUCAAGGUGGUUGAAGAUGAGCUAUCCACCAUGCCAGGAAGCAGGGUGGCUGUUGCACCUGAUGGCACAGUGCACAUCAAGAGGAGACCACAGAAUGAAGACAGUGACAUGGAGCAAGACAUUAACGAAAACGAAGAAACAGACAAAGAAAUAGAAGAUGAUGAUGGUGAAAAAUCAGAGUAAUGUAGUAACGUAAAUUUAUUUUAUAAUAAUAAAGAUUUACACUUACAAAAA